AAUGCAGAUUUAUUGCAGAAUUCACGGUGCUGUCAGAUUUGGUGUUUAUUUCUACGAGUGUAUCCGUUAUCAGUGGUGGGAACAUGUUUCACUUUUUUUCUCUUAGUCAUAGCGGAAAAAUGAGUAACCGAUACGUGCGCAGCAGUCGUGCCGCAGAUACAAGCAGGCUGCUGAUAUUUGACAGUCCUAAUAUCUAUAUAUCUUGAAUCAUUGGGAUAGUGUUCGCGUUUCUGUGUUCGGGGUUGCAUUCAACAUUGCGAUUCGUGCGAUCUUUUAUUUUAUUUUUGUUUGAUUACGUCUUGGGAAAGCCGAGCAACAUAUUGUAAGAAGCUCGAGAUUCAACGCAGCCUUUCACUUCUUAUCGAUCGUGUUUAUCUGUAAGCUGAGAGAUUUCCUGUGCGGAGUUGUUUUUAAGAUCGCAUUGACGAAAAUGUCGCGCCGCGAUGAAUUACAAAUUGGUGACCAGAACGGAAUAUUACUGGUCAAUUCUCCGGACAUUCAAGUCAGAACUGCUCACGAUUGGGAGUAUUAUCGACAGCGACAAGCUGUAUACGACGAUGGAACAGUAACUUUCUUUUGGCGCGCCCACACAUUGACGGUUUUGUUCAUUGCAACCUGUGUUCUGAUUUACGUGGCGCUUUUUGAACCAGUUUCGCUUGAUUCUGAUUACAAUCUCAAGCGUGGCAUCGUCUCAGCCUGUGUAGCCUUCCUUAUUAUUGGCAUUCUGCAGACGUCCGACGGUCCUUUUCGAAGACCGCAUCCUGUAUUUUGGAGGCUGAUCUUCAGUAUAACAGUUCUGUAUGAGCUGAGUUUGAUUUUUCUGCUUUUUCAAUCUGCAGAUGACGCCCGGCGUCUUUUGAAGCACAUCGAUCCCACUCUGGGUGAGGUGUUACCAGAAAAGGAUUACGGAGGCAACUGCAAACUGUACGAUGAAAAUCAUACGGAUCCAUACCACAACAUCUGGGAUAAGAUGGAUGGAUUUGUUCCCACACAUUUUUUUGGAUGGUGGCUGAAAACGUUGAUUUUGCGCGAUUACUGGCUGUGCAUGGUUAUAAGCGUCAUGUUCGAAAUUCUUGAAUACACUUUGGAGCAUCAGCUGCCCAAUUUUAGUGAAUGCUGGUGGGACCACUGGAUUAUGGACGCUCUUGUUUGCAAUGGCCUGGGUAUUCUUGCGGGAAUGUUGACGCUGAAGUAUCUUAACAUCCGACCUUAUUUUUGGCGAGGGUUAUGGAGAAUUCCUACGUACAGUGGAAAAUUGAAGCGAAUGGUGUCCCAGUUUACUCCUUACAGUUGGAUUGAAUUUGACUGGAGGCCGUUUUCAAGUUUCAAACGAUGGCUAGCUAUGAUGGGAUUAAUUGUCGUGUUUUUGGCCGCUGAGUUGAAUACCUUUUAUGUCAAAUAUGUGUUAUGGAUUCCUCCACCUAAUUCAUUGAAUCUUAUUCGUUUGGUGUUCUAUCUGCUUGCCGGUGCGGUGGGAAUGCGAGAAACGUUUGAGUAUUUCGACAAUCCAAAUUGCAAGAAGUUUGGAAAGCAAGCCUGGCUGGUUUUAGCAGUGAUCAUAACCGAGUUGUUGAUCGUUUUGCGAUUUGAUUGGGACCUCGUGACAAAACCAUUACCUUCGCGCAUCGCCGCUUGUUGGUUAUUAUUUUUUGCUUGUGUAAUUAUCUGGACGUGGUGGAAAUUUUUUUACCGGAAUACGUUGCGGCUGGGAUUUGGAGGGCGACCGUCCCACGAUGACUCUGGCGUGGAUGUGAGCUCGUUGGGAAUUAGUAACGUAAUUGGAUCCAUUAGUGAUGACUUGUGUGCGGCGGAUGAAGGAUCCACUGUUUCAUUUAGUUUGAAAGAUCUUCUUGAGAAAAAGACAGAUUAAGGGGACGCGAGAAUGCAGGGCUGAUCCAUGACUACCAUUUUCGUAUUGCGGCAACAAACCGUCUGCAGUUGCACUGUACAGUGUACAGGAAAUUUUCAUUUUUGACAACUCGCAUCGGGUGAACUCUUUGUCAGUAUUCCUAUGUGGCUGAAAUUUGAAUUUGGCACUAGUCCAGGAUUAAUUUUGUUAUUUCUUUGGUUCGAAAUCCAGAUUCAGGACUGAAAAUCUGGCAUCCGUUUUAGUUGUGUUCUGCAUACGUGUGCACAUGUGGUUUUGUUUUGUUUGUUUCAUACAUAUUGGUCUGAUAACAAAAAUUGACGAAAUACUGUUUUCGCAUGUACAUUUUGGAAC